GCAGUAUUUAUGUUCCUUGACGUAAACGUGAAAGGUCGGUCGUCGGUAGUGAGUGUAGCACGAAAAAAAUAAAAUAAAAUCCAGAAUUUGCUGAUUGUCGUUAUCAUUUAACACAAUUACAUGUUUAUUGUCGUCUGAGUGACACGCACGUGCCAAGCUAUAAUCAGUUAUUAUGUUUGUGCAUUCGUGAUGAGAUGCAGACAAUAGUACCUUAAUCAUUGCUACAAUAGCAUAAAAACAAAGCCAAAAAAUAAGGUUUCUUCUUGCGAUAAAAAUGCAGACGCUGACUAUAUUUAUCGUGUUUAUUAUAUCUUCGGCUUACGGACAAGAAAGAAAGAUUACAUCUCAGCUGAACCCUAACUGUAAUUACUGCACUAAAUAUGAUACUCUACUCUACAUAAGAGCUGACGGUUCCCAUGACACUGUGCAUCAAAUAUGGGACUUUACACAAGGACUCCCCACCAUCAUCUUUGCUGUGUCUGGCCUGAAUGCAACAGUCAACAUGACAUGGGAUAAGGGAGCCCCACAGGAGAUUUGGAUUUCAGAAAACCCAAAAUACAGUUUUGCUGUGGCUAUCGAUAAGCUCUACGAGUACAAUGACCUUCAAGACAACGGCUACAUCGACGCCCUAAGCCCGCGGCGCGAGAUCUCUCUCGCGAACGCGGGCUGGCUGCGGGACGACAUCCUGCAGCAGAACCAGGAAGUGCGGCUGAAGAUGAAGUGUCAUCCCUUCAGGAAAGAUCCUAGGCUGGGCACCUUGCACUUCAAGCUUGACCUGCUGCCGUUCACAGACUACGCAGUGGAGCUCCCGCACCUGAUCCACACUGCCAACUCCACGCUAGUGGACGUCAGUCUGGUCAACCUGACGCAGACGAGGGACUACAACGCGUCCAGGUUCGCGCUGCGACUGGUGGUGGUGGGCACUGACGACCACUCAUUGAACAUGAGUUAUACCAUGAGGAAGAGCUUGGACGACGAACACACGCCUGGAGUCUUCGAGAUAAUCGAGAUCCGCACACCUGAAUCGAGUUCGCGCGGCGACGGCGGUUUCCUGCAGUUCCGUCCGGUCGGCUACACGCAUCCUGAACGGACCGUGUCUUCUUCCACCAUCGCUCACGUGUCCAGAUUCAAUAAAACUUCUGUACCUAAGGACAGUACACUGGAGACAUUUUACCGGGACUUCGAUAAUGACAAACUCCUCGUCCAAAACAUGUUCCUGUCUUUUGGGGAGGCCGGAGAUGGGUACUAUAAGCAACACAACUUUACCGCGUGGACAUUCACGGUAGGCUACGGGGCGCCGCCUACCGAGAGUUUCUCCACAUUCGUGCUGGUGAUCAUCGGCCUCGGCCUCGGCGUGCCCGCGCUGCUGGCGCUGACCGGCGCGGGCUGCGUGCUGGCGCGCCGGCGGCGCCGUCUGACGUCCGCCCGGCUGGUGGACGACCAAUGACUCAGGUAUAGGUUUACGUUGCUCGACAGCGAAUAGCAUUGAUAAUGACAUGAUUUUUAAAGUUUUUUAGGGUAUUAAGCGUUGACAUGUAUGACAGAAGAUUUUUAAAAUGGGACCCUUACAGUUCACUGUCCUGUGGUGGUCAAAUUAAUUUUUAUUUGAAAGUAUAUUUUUUUGCUGGCUAAAACAGCGCAGUCCUAUGAAAACUUAACCACAGAAAGAUUUUAAACAAUGUCUAAACUUAGUAAGUGGUAACACUAAACACAUCAACAUUUUUAGAUGUCACAUAUUUAGCAAUUUUUACUUCGGAUAUUUUUUAAAAUCUUUGUAGUAAGACGGUAUGUAUCCUGUGAUUUGUUAAAGGAAAGAUGAUUUACCAGAUCUGACAUUUAACUUUCGUAAUAUAACUGUUGUCAAAAAAUAUGAUGUAAUUAAUUUCAAAAGUCAACGACUUUAGAUCUCAGCUAAAAUCCGCGCCGAGAAAAGUCCCGCGGUAAUAUGAGACGCUAUCAAUAACAGAUCGGCCACGUUGUAGUUUCCGACGGCGGCUUAAGUGUUCUGCGACCUAUGACAUGUCUGCGGGACACCCCCUAUCUUUUUCUUGGGAAUUUUAUGUAGUUAAAAUUAUCGGAAAAAAACCAUUUCUGGAAAUAAGGCAAACCUACCUUAUGAUGAGUUCACAAAUGUAAAGUUGCAUUUUAACUAUUACUUUUAGGAUAUUAGAUAAGUAUCAAAUUGUAGAUGCACCACGAUUUCAAUUUUGUCAAAAUAUUGAAACAAUGUAGUGUGAAUAUAUUCAUACUAGAGCCCACUUGCAUGUCCCACGGAGGAACUAACCCACCUGGUGACAGCGUCGCUACUGUAACAGUAGCGACGACCACACGGGUACAGAUAAGUUUAUUCCUAACUUGAUAGGAGUUGAUAAGUUUAAAUAGUUGACUAACACGUUUUGCAGAUAAUAGUGACUUAAUUUAAGAGCAUUCUCUAUUUUGUUGGGUUCUUCAAUUUACUUCUAAUAACAAUUACCUGCGAAGGAUAUAGAAAGUGUAGUGUGAAUAAAAAAUAUGUACUAAAGUGCCUAUCAAAAAUGUGUGUGCAAAUUGUAAAUAUGUAUUUGGGUAUUAGCAUUUAAAAGUUGAAAAUAAAUGGAAUAUGUGAUUUUUCUGCUGUAUUUUAGUGUCUCCACUGCACUUAUUUUAUGUACAAAAUUGUUGAAAAAGUAAGAUUUUCCGAGGUUUCGUUUUUUUAAUUAUGAAACAACUUGUUUCUUUUGGAAUUUGGAAUUUGGACGAUUCUGCCAUUGUUCAAUCAAGAUUAUAUUGGAAAAAUUUAAUAAAUGACGAAUACUAUUUUUUUUUAUAUCCAAAUAAAGAGUUUCCUAUAUACCUUAUACUUAAUUUAUUAGUUUGACUUUGGGUGAACCAAUAUUUCUUUAUCUAGAUCUAGUAAUAUAAACUAAUAUGUAGACAAUAUGUAAUUGUAAUUGUAUCCUGUUUACGUUAAUUUGAAAACAAUGUAGUCCAUUGUGAUAGAACAGUAUUGGAUUUGUUUAACACGUUUCAUUGGUUAAUCAUAAGUGACAUAUUUUAUUUUUCAUACUCAAAGAAUAUUAUAAAUAAAUAAAAAAAUGCCUAGUGUCUUUUGUUAUCCAUGGAGAGAAAAAGAUAAUUGAUAGAUAGUUAAGAAGCAAUCUUGAAAACAUAACUUAUUAUACCUAAUGAAAUGCAUUUUAUAAAUAGACAAACUUAAUUUUGUAGAUAAAUUUAGACAAAUUUAUCUACAAAAAUAAGCUUGAACUGCUGCCCCAUUGUUCAUUUUCUUAGAUAAAAGACACUAGGUGAAAAAAAAAACAAUAUUUUGACUUGUGGACAUAUUUUUAUAGAUCAAAUUUGUAUAUUUUGUAACUUAUUUUUGUUUAGUUCUUAUUAGCUUUGUAUUUCCAAUGUGAUAUUAAUUUGGUACCGUAUAUUAUGAUAUCUGAAUAAAGCGGAUUAAUUUUA